GUGCUCUCAAAACAGAUCUGUAUCCGCCCCAGAGCAAAGCUUUGCUUCCGCACCACCCAUCACGACGCCACCACCAACCAGCUUCUGGAUAUCUUUAUGGAUAUCUUUAUCCAUCGGAGCUCCAAGGUAUUUGGGGGAAAAAUUUUCGAUGGAAGACUUAUUAUUUUCCUGAGACCUUUCUGUUCUUCAGACUCCACCGCAUCAACCCUAACCUCACACUCCCUCACCAUCCCAAUUCUCAAAGACCUCAUAUCAAAGCAACACUGGUCAGAAGUCAAGGCCCAUCUCAAAGAAACAGAUCCCACCGCGCUUCUCUGCCAUUUGCUUAGCUCAAAGGCCGAUCCAGAGAUCAUUCUUAGGUACUACAACUGGUCCCAGAAAGAGCUCAAAAUCUCACACCCUCUCCAACUCUCUUUUGGGCUCUUGCACUCGUUAGCUACUACCAAAAGUUACUCAAAAAUCAGGGCUUUCUUACACAAAUUUGUCCAAGAUGAGAACUUGCACUCAAAUUCUUCAAUUUUUCAUGCACUUUCAAUUUGCAGCAACAAAUUAUGUGCUAAUUCAAUAAUAGCCGAUAUGUUAGUGUUAGCCUAUGUGAGAAAUUUGAGGACCCGUUUGGGUUUUGAGGCGUUUAAGCGAGCUGGGGAUUAUGGGUUUAGGUUAUCUAUGUUUUCAUGUAACCCGCUAUUGAGUGCUUUGGUCAAGGAUAAUGCAAUUGGGGAUGUGGAAUAUGUGUAUAAGGAGAUGAUGAGAAGGAGGAUUGAACCUAAUGUGAUUACAUUUAAUGUUGUCAUUAAUGGAUUGUGUAAGGUUGGGAAGUUGAACAAGGCCAGGGAUGUGAUUGAGGACAUGAAGGCAUGGGGCAUUCCGACAAAUGUGGUUACAUAUAAUACUCUUAUUGAUGGAUAUUGCAAGAUGGGUAGGGUGGGAAAAAUGUAUAAGGCUGAUGCCAUUCUGAAGGAGAUGGUGGCAAAUAAAGUUUUCCCAAACGAGGUUACCUAUAAUAUUUUGAUUGAUGGAUUCUGUAAAGAUGAGAAUGUAUCGGCUGCAAAAAAGUUGUUUGAAGAAUUGCAAAGACGUGGCUUGAAACCCAAUGUGGUCACAUGUAAUUCGCUGAUUAACGGGCUGUGUUGUGCUGGAAAGCUUGAUGAGGCCAUUGAGUUCUGGGAUGAAAUGCUGGGCUUGGGUUUGAACCGAAAUGUUGUUACUUAUAAUGUGCUUAUGAAUGGGUUUUGUCAGAAGAAGAUGAUAAAGGAAGCUAGAGACUUGUUUGAUGAUAUGAGGGGACAUGGGUUGGCUCCCAAUGCUAUAACAUUUAAUACAUUGAUUGAUGCUUAUUGCAAGAAUGGGAUGAUGGAGGAAGCAUUUGUGCUGCAAAGUUCCAUGUUAGAGAAGGGGGUUUUCCCACUCGCUUCAACCUAUAAUUGCCUAAUUGGAGGUUUGUGUAUAAAUGGGGAUAUAAAAGCAGCCAGAAAGCUUAUAUUUGAAAUGGAGGAUAAGGGACUGAGAGCUGAUCAUAUAACAUAUAAUAUUUUGAUAGGUGCAUUAUGCCAGGAAGGGGAGUCAAGAAAGGCUGCAAAACUCUUGAAUGUGAUGUUUAAGGUGGGUUUGAGCCCAAGUCAUGUGACAUACAAUACUUUGAUGGAUGGCUUUUGUAUGGAAGGUAACCUCAAGGCAGCCCUGAAUGUGAGGAUGCAAAUGGAGAACAAAGGAAGGCGGGCAAAUGUUGUUACUUACAAUGUACUAAUUAAAGGAUUUUGUAGAAAAGGCAAGUUGAAAGAUGCAAAUGGACUUCUUAAUGAGAUGUUGGAAAGGGGUUUGAUCCCAAAUCGGACUACUUAUGAAAUAGUAAGAGAGGAAAUGAUGGAGAAAGGUUUUAUUCCUGACAUAGAAGGGCAUCUGUAUAAUGUCUCUAUCAGCUCUUGACCAUUGAAAUGAGAACUGAACUAUUAUAACCAUCACCGAUGUAUCAUGGGAUGCAAGUAGAUAAAAAGAAAAUGCAGAAUGGGUCCUCAUUUCACAAGUUACACAAGUCUAACCAGACCUGCCAUGUUUAGAUUGUUGCAGUUCAAGACCAAGCACACAUCCUUCAUGUUCCUUAAAAGGGUUUUCUUUGGAGUGCAUGGAUUUUCAGAAGAAGCGGAGUCAGCUUCUGCUCCUCAUCACCUGUAUCAUCGCUCUCAGCAUCCCAGCUGACAAAUGUCGGUAGCUGGUUAGGGAAGAAGCGUCAUCUCAGAGUGGAAAGUUUACAUUCUUGAACUGUUUUGACAUGGGCUCUGAAUCUGUAGCUUGUGCUGUGAAGGAGAGUGUGAAGUUGUACUUCUACAACAUCAGAGCUGCUCAUGUUGAAAAGGCGAGGCAUUCUGCAAUUGAGGCUGCUUUUAGUUGAUGCAUUGUCACAGAGAAUGUCUGCUAAAGAUGCUGCCAAACAAGCACAGAAAGAAGUUGCAAAGGCGGCAAUGUUGGUGACCCGGCAAGCCAAACGCGUAAUAGGCCCCAUUAUCUCUUCUGGAUGGGACUUUUUUGAAGCAAUAUACUAUGGUGGUACCAUGACAGACAGAAGGAUUCCUCAGAGGCACCGGAACAUUGUUUGGCACAUGUGCUGCUGGUUUCCUAGGAGAGCAAUGACUUGGGAAGGUUGGCUAUCUUGUGGGAAUUGAAUUGGGCAGUUGGGUUGGAGGUAGGAUAGGAUUUAUGGUAUAUAUGGUAUAUAUAUAUAUAUAUAUAUAUAUAUAUAUAGGUAAUAAAAUAAGUUUUAUUUAUAGUAGGGCAAAGCUAACUACACCGUGAGUACACAAUCAAAAUGAGAAAAUCAUGGACAUUUUAGUCCACUACAAAGAUUGACUCCCAUACAUAAGAACAAGGAAAGAGUAAGUCUAAUUAUAAGCGAUUCUGCAC